GCCCCGCCGCCUCAUCUUCCUCAGCCUUCCUCAACCUUCCUCCUGCCUGACCAUUCAGACGGUUCCUCUCUUCCAGAGCGUCUCUGCGGUUCGGAACCGAGGAUCCGCCUGGAGGAAUGAGCUGCUACACGGUGACCCUGCCGGGCCCCGGGCCCUGGGGCUUCAGGCUGCAGGGGGGCAAGGACUUUAACAUGCCACUGACCGUCUCCAGGAUAACGCCGGGCAGCAAGGCGGCGCAGGGGAACCUUAUCCAGGGCGACGUCAUCGUGGCCAUCGACGGCGUCGGCACCGAGGGGAUGACCCACCUGGACGCCCAGAACAAGAUCAAGAUGGCGCACCACAGCCUGGCGCUCACCAUGACCAAGUCGAAGCGCCCCGUUGCCUUGGCGCCGCCCAGAAUGGACGCCGUGAUUCCCAUGAUCCCUCACCAGCAGGUAAACGGCCGUGCGUCUGCGCCGCCCCAGCCUGCGGCGGCCGGCUCUCCGGGGAGGAGUGGCGCGGCGCCCAGCCCCCACCACCGGGGGCAGUAUAACUCCCCCAUCGGCCUGUACUCAGAGGAGACUCUGAGGGAGAUGGCGGCCAUGCAGGCGGGUCGUCCAACCGACUCGGGCCUGUCGGCCCAGAAGACCAUCGAGGUGACGGGUCCGGGCGGGAAGGCCACCAUCAUCCACGCCCAGUACAACAUGCCCAUCAGCCUGUACUCGCAGGACGCCAUCAUGGACACCAUCGCCGGCCAAUCGCAGGCCAAGGGACACGAUGCUGGUCGUGUCUCUGUAAGCGACCGGCUGGUGGACAGCGCCUCUCCAGUCUGCCAGGCGGUCCGGACCACAGACCAGAACCAGAACCAGAGUGACUGGAGUCGCCGCGGCGCCCAGUCCAAGACGUUCCAGCUGCUGGCCCAUCUGACCCAAACCGAGCCCAGUAGGUCUGGUUCUGCUGGUUCUGGAGGACAAAGGCGGAGCGAUCAAUGGGUUCUUUAUUUCUGCUUCCAGCUCAGUCCAUUUCUCCAGCUGCAUGCAGUGAGUGUGUGUGUCCAGCAGGGGGAGCUGCAGCUCUGCAGGCUGACCUGGAUCCACUGGAUUUCUGGAACGAGACGGAAACGGAUCCAGAAUGUCAAACCUCAUGAUGGGAGCAUAGAGCUCCAGAACAUAUCGCCAGUACGGGAUGGCCCGCCCACGCACCAGGCUCCGCCCCCUCAGCAGUUCCAGCCGCAGCAGUUCCAGCCCAUGCCGCCGCUCUACCAGCAGCCUCCCCCACUCCAAGCCCCGCCCACCCAGCAGAGCUCCAUCCAGAUCCCCGUUGGCUGCCCCCCGAAGGUGGUGAGCACGGCCUGCAUCUUCCCCUCCCAGCCAGCUCCAGUCCAGCCCCGCCCUGCAGCAGCCGCCCCACCCCCUGCCGCUCCUCCGGGUUCCUCCACCGCCAACCGACCGCCCUGGGUGACCGACACCAACUUCGCCGAUAAGUUCGACCCGGGGAAGACCACCACCUCCUCCGCGAAGGUCCAGCCGCUUCCUCAGGCGGCUCCGCCCCCGCCGGCGUACAUCCCUAACCCGUCCCCCGGGCCGCCCGCCCCCAGCUCCGCCCACAUCACACCGAGCCCCGCCCCCUUCCUUCCUGUGGCGAGGGGCGUGGCUCAAAGAGCAGAGAGGUUCGCCGCCAAGCGCACGCCUCUGUGUUCAGCGUGCAACAGCGUCAUUAGGGGCCCCUUCCUGGUGGCCCUCGGCCGGUCCUGGCACCCCGAAGAGUUCAACUGCCACUACUGCCACGUCUCCCUGGCCGACGUCAGCUUCGUGGAGGAGCAGAACAACGUCUACUGUGAGAACUGCUACGAGGAGUUCUUCGCUCCAACCUGUGCCCGCUGCAACACCAAGAUCAUGGGGGAAGUGAUGCACGCCCUGCGGCAGACGUGGCACACCACCUGCUUCGUGUGCGCCGCCUGCGGGAAACCGUUUGGAAACAGCCUGUUCCACAUGGAGGACGGGGAGCCGUACUGCGAGAAAGAUUACGUCGCCCUGUUCAGCACCAAGUGUCACGGCUGCGACUUCCCGGUGGAGGCUGGAGAUAAAUUCAUCGAGGCUCUGGGCCACACCUGGCACGACACCUGCUUCGUGUGCGCAGUGUGCCACGUGAACCUGGAGGGUCAGCCCUUCUACUCCAAGAAGGACAAGCCUCUGUGCAAGAAGCACGCCCACGCCAUCAACGUGUAGAGCUGAGCUGAGUGAGCAGCCGCCAUGCUAACCACCAGCUACUGAUGAUGAUGAUGAUGAUGAUUCUGCUUCCAGACAGGAAGUCCUGCUGCUGCAUGCGACCGGGCUCAGGUCAGAGACAGCCGGCUCCAUGCUGCACCUGCAGGGAAAAAUGAUCCCUCAACUACAGACGAUGGGUUGAUGCUGGAGAACAAAUUAUUUUUAACGUCACUUUUAGUCGUUGAAUACAGUUUGAUGUUUUAACACAAAGUUUUAGAUUUUAAACUUGUGCCAUCUUUUUAUUCUAGACACAAACCAUAAAGUUCUGUUUUUAUUUUUUAAUCAACCUGCAGAUGUGCCUGUUUGACUUUUAUUAUGUAUAGAGAUGCUUUCAGCUCAACAGGAGUUUGGUUCUGGUUCUGGUUCUGGUGCCGAUCUCUGGACUGAACAGCAUCAGAUCCAGAAACUCUAUGCUGUGAAGCUUUUCUGUCUGCAGCAGCUUCAUCUCAGACCCAACAGAUCCACACAGGAAACGCUAACGAGUCGUUUCCUGUGUGACCUGCCGGGGCGCUGCUGCAGACUGAGCUGAUGGAGCCGAUCCUCCUCUGUCUUUAUCUCAAACCUUUUCUAUUUAUUGAUCGCUGAGUGUAUUUUGAAGUGUUUAUUUUAGUUUUUUUUUUACCUGAACUGUAAACGUGUCUGAGCUGCCGCAGAUCAGACGCUCAGGUGUAACGGGUCCGUUCACACUGCAGAACUUCAGAACCACUUCCUCUGGAUUACAGGAGGCUGCUGCAGCUUCAGGUAAAUUAAACACAAACACAGAAAUAAUCCAGAAUGACAGUAGAGAUAAUCACAAUCUGCUUUUUAACCUGAUUAACUUUUAAUAAAAGUAAAAAACGUAGUUAGAGGAGCAGUAAAUCUGAAAGUUUGAUCAGAAUCUGGACCAGAAACCAGAUUCCAAUCCAGAAGAUUCAGGGUUGAGAUUAUUUUGGACCACAGAAACCAGUUUGCUAACUAUAAAUACUGUUUUAGCGUCUCCUGGUGGCUAGUACAAGAACUGCACUUAGAUCUAUCUUUCACCUCCAUCUCUGCUACUGCUUUUAGUUAAUAAGCACCAGUCUCAGCAGGUGUCUGCUAAUAUCCAGACCUCUGCUGUCAACCAGAAAGAACAUCGCCCAACAGGCUAGAAUCAUCUGCAUAGAAACGAAUAUUAAAUAUUAUUGCUAUGUUUGCUAAACCGUCGCUGCGUUGGCUGAGUAGAUGUUCAGGAAACAGACCUGCUGCCAGAGACCUGAAGAGAAUAUUUCAGAUUAUAACCUGGGAUGCAAUUUAGCAACAGUUUUAAACAAUGUUUGAAAGUUAUUUUGACUUUAUCCUUGUUGUAUGUUUGUAACAACUGGUUUGUGUUUUCUGAUCUAACUCUGUCAUUUGGUUUAACGUUCUCACAGAAAUCAUGAAAGCUGUUACAAUUAACAAGGUUUUUGCUAAUUAUUGGGGUAAAAUGUUUUUCAUUUAUGUACGUAUUCUCAUAAACCUGUUUAUAGCAGCCUCAACUGGCCGCUGAAGAAACUGCAGCCACUUCAAGCCAAAAAAAACUACGUAACUAAAGUCAGAUUUUUAAUUUAAAUUUGUAUUUUUUAUGGAGUGAAACAAAAGUAAUGAUUUCUGAUGUGUGUUUUUAGGCCAUUUGAACAUAGAUUAUAAUAAAACCCAGCAGCAGUACCUUCAGUGACCACAGGUGUCACCAAAAUCCACCUGAGAAGACAAGACAGCUCAGUAUGACAGAUUAUUAGGGCCAGAAUAUGUUUUAACUUUAAAAAAAACUCAUAAUAUUACCAGAAGAAAGUCAUGAAAUCAUGAGAAAAUGUAUAAAUUGGAGCAAAGAUUGGAGAGAAUAGAGAUUUGAUGUCUGUGGUUCUUUCUCCUAAAUAGAUUCAAUUGUUUCAAAGUCCUGAUAAUAAAUGUUAAAAUAUUAUCUCCUUAUUUGUCAAAUGGAAACGAAAGCAUAACUUCACAACAUGCUGAACGUUCCUCAUGUUAGCGCAGCACUAAGACUGAUUUGUCAGUUCUCAUAAAAUUAUUACUUUAUUCUGAUAAUAUUAUGACUUCAUUCUGGUGUUAUUACACCUUUAUGGUUGAUCAACCUUUUUAUUGUAAUAUUACUAUUUUCAUAUUAACAUUUUUCUGGUAAAAGUCAUUUAUACAACGUUUUUCUGCUAAUGAAUUUAUUCUCAUAUUAUUAUGAGUUUAUUUUUGAAAAUUUUUCUUGUAAUAUUCUGAUUCUAUUCUGGUGUUUUUGGACUAUUCUUGUAUUAUUACAACAUUAUUGUGAAAAUAUUAUGACAUUAUUCUGUAUUGUUUAACUUUACUGUAGGACCUUUUUGUUGUGAUAUUCUGACUUUAUUUUCAAAUUAUUUUGACUAUUGUCAUAUACUUUCUUUCUCAUAUUAUUACUUUAUUUUGAUAAUAUUUUGUCUUUAUUUUUGUAUUUCAACCUUUUCUUGUAAAAUUGUCUUUGUUCUCAUGACAACAUUCUCCCACUUUUAGCUCUUUCUGUCUCGUUUGUUGCGCCAUCUAGUGGUGGUUUAAGGAUCUGAACUAAAACAGUCUGAAGUUCUGCAGUGUGAACGUUGUUUCACUGAAUGCUUGAUUCUUUUUUAAAGAUUAUGUUGGUUUCUGUGCGUAGAUCCGAGUCGUUCAGAGUCUUUGUGCCUUUUCUCCUCAGCAGCUCCGUUCGGGUCGGACUCGGUUUUCCUCCUUGUUGGGCCGACUGGUUCAUGAUCUGUGUUGGGUUUUUACUCCGUCUCGUCCUUUUAUACGGUUUGUUUUCAGGGUGAAUGCAGUGUGCAUGCAGAGCAGCAUGUCGGUGUUAGUUUAGACAGAGAAGUGCUAACCUCACCGUUUGAAUUAAAGCUGCCUGGUUUCGUGUUGACAGGCGGAUAACGAAUAAAGAAGCACCGCAAACACAA